UGGAGUUGAACGUCGAAAUUGUGGUUCAGGUGGAUGGAAAGAUGUUUUAUUGUCUUGGUUGCUUGUUCUGCAAAUUUUGCUAUCUUAAUUAGUUUGAUAAAGUAGGAGUUGAGUGAGCGAGCAGAGCAAUGGAACAAGCAAAAAUGGUGGCCAAAGCUCUCCUCCGAAACUCCGACAAUCCGCACCUGGCCUGGCUUCUCUUCAAGCGCACACUCGCCACCAAUACUAAAGACUUCUCCUUUUCCCAUCACACAUUCUCUCUCAUCGUCCCAAUUCUCAUCCGCGCCCACAUGUUCUCUCAACUCGACUCUCUCCACCACCAUCUCCUCCUCUUCCCAACGCCGCCGCAUCAUGCUUUGUUCUCCCUCGUCAAGAUGUUGGCCGAUGCUGGCCGACUUCACCAAGCCUUUUCUCAAUUUCAAUCUCUUCGCGCCCGUUUGUCCACGCCACCGCCCUCAAUUGUUCUCUACAAUUUGUUAAUUCGAGCUUCUAUCCAAGAAAAUUGCCCUAAUUUUGUGUCCUGGCUUUAUAAAGAUAUAAUCUUUUCCAAGGUGAAGCUCCAGACUUAUACUUUUAAUCUCUUGAUUGGCGCCUUGUGCGACGCGGGUCGUUUGGAGGAUGCCUGCCACUUGUUUGAUAAAAUGCGUGACAAAGGUUGUCAGCCUAAUGAGUACACUUUUGGAAUUUUGGCACGUGGUUAUUGCUGCGAUGGGCUCGUUGAUAAAGGUUUGGAGCUUCUGGAUUUGAUGAGGACGAUGGGUUUGGUCCCCACUGCAGUUAUAUACAACACUUUCAUUGCAGGGUUGUGUAAAGAGGGUAAAGAUGACGAAGCUGAGAGAUUGGUGGAGAGGAUGAAAGAGGAUGGUCUGGCUCCAAAUGUUGUUACCUUUAACACAAGGAUAUCUUCUCUCUGCAAAGCUGGGAAGAUCUUGGAAGCGUCCAGGAUAUUCAGGGAUAUGCAAACGAGUGAGUUAGAAUUGCCAAAGCCCAAUACUGUGACACAUAACAUAAUGUUGGAUGGCUUUUACCGGGAAAGGAUGUUAGCAGAAGCAGAAGCUCUAGUUUUAUCUAUGAAAAGGGAUAGUAUUUUCUCGAGUGUGAAGAGUUAUAACAUAUGGCUGUUGGGUUUGGUGAGCAAUGGAAAACUGUUUGAGGCUCAAGCAGUUCUAAAAGAAAUGGUUGAUGAUGGAGUUCAACCAAAUGCACACUCGUACAACAUUUUGAUUAACGGCUUAUGUAAAAGUGGCAUGCUUGCAGAUGCAAGGAGAGUUGUUAGUUUGAUGAUAACUGGGGGUGUUUCCCCUGAUGUAACUACUUAUAGUGCAUUGCUCCAGGGGUAUUGCAGGAAAGGGAAGAAUGUUGAGGCCAAUAAAAUUCUGAAUGAGAUGACUAGAGCUGGAUGUGUGCCAAAUGCUUACACUUACAAUAUAUUGCUACACAGUUUGUGGAGAGAAGGAAGAACAGAAGAAGCGGAGAGGUUAAUGCAGAAGAUGAAUGAACGAGGGGAUGGAUUAGAUACUGUGAGCUGCAACAUUGUGAUUGAUGGUUUGUGUAGAAGUGGGAAUGUCGAUAAAGCAGUUGAAAUUGUGAGUGAAAUGUGGACUCAUGGAAGUGCUGCUCUUGGUAACUUGGGAAACUCAUACAUAGGCCUAGUAGAUGAAAAUAGGAAGAAAUGCUUGCCUGACUUGAUUACAUAUUCGACAAUCAUAAAUGGACUGUGCAGCGAUGGACGGCUAGAUGAAGCUAAAAAGAAGUUUACGGAGAUGUUGGGGAGAAACUUAUAUCCCGAUUCAGUUGUCUAUGAUAUUUUUCUAUUUAACUUAUGCAAGAGAGGUAAGAUAUCAUCUGCAUUUCAGGUUCUCAAAGACAUGGAGAGAAAAGGUUGCAACAAGACCCUGCGAACUUACAAUUGCCUAUUAUUUGGGCUUGGUGUUACAAAUCAAAUAUAUGAAAUGUUUGGCCAGUUGAAUGAGAUGAAGGAGAGAGGCACUUCUCCUAAUGUUAGCACUUACAAUAUUAUUCUUCAUUCUCUGUGUGAAGGACAAAGAAGCGAAGAAGCUGCUUUCAUAUUAGAUGAGAUGCUGCAGAAAGGAGUAACACCUAAUUUGAAUUCUUACAAAUUGUUAAUCAAAACCUUCUGCAGGACUGGGGAGUUCAGACCAGCACAGGAUGUGUUUGAGAUUGCAAUCAGUGUAUGUGGCCACAAGGAAGUACUUUAUACUCUGAUGUUCGAGGAGUUGCUUCUUGGAGGGGAAAUCUUGGAAGCUAAGCAAUUAUUUGAGGCUUCAAUAGAAAGAUGCUUUGAUUUGAGCAGUUUUUCUUACAAAGAUCUCAUUGACAAACUGUGCAUCAAUGAGAAUUUUGAUCUUGCUCAUGAUAUUCUUAAGAAAAUGGUGCAGCGGGGUUGUAGUUUUGAUCCUGCACUUUUCAUGCCUGUGAUUGAAUAUUUACUCAGCAAGGGAAAUAAACAUGAGGCUAAUGAACUGACAGAAAGAAUGCUUGCAAUGGGUUCUAAUGUUGAGGUUAAAAAUAUGGUUCACAAUGGUGAGAAACAGUUAAAUCGUGGCAAAAAACAUAAAGACAUUGGCAGUGAUUGGGAAACUAUUCUGCACAGAGAUGAUGGAAGUACAAUGGCCUUGAAAACUUUGAAGCGAGUGCAGAAAGGCUGGGGUCACAGUAACUUAUCACUAGCCCAUAAGAAUGACUUUCUCGAUGAUUUGGAUGCUCCUUAUUAAUUGUGUGGAUACUUGAGAUCCGAUAUUAUAAAUCUCAGCUGAACCACAAUCAACCAGAGAUGACCACCAUACACUUUUCCUCAAUCGCCUCUGCUUGUGGCUUUAACCAGUGAAUGGAGCAGCUCAAGUUUACUGCAGUUUUGCAGACCCAAAGAUGCUGAAGCCAGGGACUUCUCUACAGCGCGUGAUGAUAGUAAAGACUAUUGUCUGGAACAGGACAAUCAUUUUCAGGAGAUAAUCAUUAACCAGCGGUGGUGGUUUAGAGAAGAUGACGGAUGUCUUAACAAAUGCCUUAUAUGAUUCAUUUGAGGAAAUGUUGAAAAUUUUGACAUUGUUCGUGCAAAGCUUGAAACAGCCGAGAGAGCCAUCUAUGCAUCAAACAAGCUUCAUCAUCGAAAGAUCUCCUUCUCCAAUAUGUCAAUAGGAAGGUAUGCUUGUUGUUUGGAAUGGAAUCCCGCUGUGGUCCUUCUCUACUACGAUGGUCCAGCAUGACUACUAUUCUUCUGUCCCUUCUUAAGCUGUAAACAAGUAACAAGAUGUUGACAGUUUGAUGAUGUAUCUAAUUAAGAUAAAAGCAAGGAUUCCUAUUUUAUGCCAUAUUUUUGUUUCUUUAUUUGAUACCAAAGUUGGUCUAUGUUCCCAGCAGCAUAUAUCACUUUGGUAUUACUUUGUGUAGUA